AUUCUUUAUCUUUGAAGUAAAUAUUAAAAUUGAAAUUCUGGGGACUGAUUUGAGUUGUGAAUUUUUCAUUCAUAUCAGAAUAUCAUUGUGAUUUCUGAUUUCACGGCAGCUAAUUACUAACUAACUAGUUUAUGUACAUUUUUUUAUAGAAUGAAAUCGGGUAUUAUAAUUGGGUUGGUGGUUCAUCUUGGAAUUAAGCACAGUACAUACUACAAAUUGGAAGACGUGUCGGGUACUUUGGGUAUUUUAUAUUAUAUAUAUAUAUAUAUAUUAUAGAUCAAAAGCCAUGCAACUAAAGCAAAAGUAAAGCAUUAAACAGUAUGUGAUUGGCUUGAGAAUAAAUUAUGGAAUUGCGUGGUGGUUUCAGAAAGCUGAUUCUGUUUCUUUUACCUUGUGAAAGUGAUAUUAUACAUAUAUAAUGCCUAUACCUGUGUUCCAUCUCCACUCUUACAAAAUUGUUUGUAGAGGACGCAUUCUCUGCUGAAGGUGAUAUAGUGUACGAUCUCUAGUCUCGCAAAUUGUUUGUAAGGGAGAGGACGAACUGCUACUUUGCUCUAACAUUGUCCUUCUCGGCUCAAGCGAAAUGGAUAUGAAUACUCUUACUUCAGUUGUCGGAAAUUUGCUAGUAUAUUCCAUAGAACCAAUACGGCAACAAUUUGUCUAUUUGAUCAACUACAAGGAAAACAUUGAGAGGCUGGUUGUUGAAUUCGAGAAACUGAGGGAUGAAAGAACUGUAGUGCAACUACUGGUGGAUGAUGCCAAAAGGAACGCACGAGUUGUUGCACCUCAAGUUGUAAAGUGGCUUGCAAAAGUGGAUCAGGUGGAGAAGGCCUCGGAAGAUCUCAGGAACCGACGCGGACCAAGACGUUUAAAUGGAGACCCAUUGAAUCUGAAAUUGCGUUAUUCGUUGGGUAAGAAGGCUAGCAAGAUGACUCAAGAAGUCAUUAAUGUCCUACAAGAAAGGAAUUUCAAAGAAGUAGGAUACCCUGCGCCACCAAAGGACUAUGCUUCUACAUCCACAACAGGUUUUUCUGGUUUGACAUCAAGAAUCCAGGUUGUUGAGGGUAUCAUGCAGGCUCUCAAGGAUGAGGACAUCAAUAUGAUCGGUAUUUGUGGAGCCGGAGGGAUGGGGAAGACAAAAAUGGUGGAAGAAGUUAUGGUAAGAGCAAAAGCCGAAAAGCUAUUUGAACAAUAUGCAAUGGCUGUAGUCUCUCAAACACCAGAUGAGAGAGCAAUUCAAGACCGAAUUGCAGAUGAGCUAAGUUUGCCGUUGGACCGCAAAGAAAGUGUAGCUGGACGGGCAGAUAAGCUUCGAGAAUGUAUAUUGAUGGAUGGCAAAAAGAUCCUUGUGAUAUUGGAUAGCAUUUGGGAGAAGCUUGAUUUCGACAAGGUUGGACUUCCUUUAGGACCCGAUAAUAAGAGUUGCAAGUUUAUUCUCACCACCAGAAACGAAGAUGUAUGCGUGCAGAUGAAUUGCCAAAAGAAAUUUACAAUCUCGUAUUUGCCGACUUCGCCGACCAGCAACGAGGCUAGCGACAGGGCUCAAGACAUCAUUCAACUCCGACAAGAAGGGAAUUACAACAGAGAAGCAUCAUCUGGUUCGACAUCAAGAAUCUCGGUCAGGGAGGAUAUCAUGCAGGCUCUCGGGAAAGAUGAAAUCAAUAUGAUCGGUAUUUGUGGAGCUGGAGGGAUAGGGAAGACAAAAAUGGUGGAAGAAGUUACCAAAAGAGCAAAAGCCGAAAAGCUAUUUGAAGAAUUUGCAAUAGCGGUUGUCUCUCAAACACCAGAUGAGAGAGCAAUUCAAGGCCAAAUCGCAGAUAAGCUAGGCCUGAGCUUCGACGACAAAGAAAGUGUAGCUGGACGGGCAGAUAGGCUUCGACAAAGAAUGAUGAUGGAAGGAAAAAAGAUCCUUGUGAUAUUGGACGACAUUUGGGAGAAGCUUGAUUUCAACAAGGUUGGACUACCUUUGGGACCUGAAAAUAAGACAUGCAAGUUUAUUAUCACCACGAGAAACGAAGAUGUAUGUCCGCAGAUGAAUUGCCAAAAGAAAUUUACAAUCUCCUACUUGCCAAAGGAAGAGGCAUGGAAGCUUUUCCGGGAAUCAGCUGGCAACCUUGUCGAUGAUCCUCGCUUGCGUCCGAUAGCAGAGGCAGUAGCAGAUGAAUGUGGAGGCUUGCCGCUGGCCAUCAUUAUUGUUGGAAGGGCGUUGGAAAAUAAGGGCCGAAUUGUUUGGGAACAUGCGCUUCAACAACUUAAGAAAUAUGCACCAGGUAACAUUACUGGAAUGCAUAAACAUGUAUUCUCAAGCAUUGAGUUGAGUUAAA